CCCACCAUCCUCUCUUCUCUUGUGUCCCUAUCUCUGUCUUUCAUUUUCUAGUCCCUCCAGAAUUCUUCUGCUGGAAUAUAAUAUGAUAUGAUUUAUUUCUCUCCAAAUACAAAUCUAACCAUUAGACCUAAAAUAUGCUCAUAUACAAUUUCACUUCUUAAUGUGUUUUUUUUCUUUGUAUUUUAUUAUAUAUUUACCCUGCGUUUUUCUUAAUGGCUGCUGAAAAUACAAAUUUUCAAGAAAAUGAUGAUGAAUACAAUGGAGCAAUUAGCAGACAAGAGGUUCAAGCUGCCAUUGCUAAAGCUGUAGAGCUUAGAGCUAUUCAUGCUUCUUUAUUACAGGGGAUUAAUAAUACUAAUAGCCCUGCUAAUCAUAUCAAGUUUCCUUCUUCUUCUUCUUCAUCCCCUGCUAACCUCUUCUCUGCCCAAGAUUAUCCUAUUUUUACACCAAGUUAUGAAGAUGCUCCAUUAUCUGGAUCCAAACAACUACAGCUAGUCGAUCGAGACAACGCUGACCUUUGGGAUGAUUAUAGCCUAGGAGGAGUAGGAAAUUGUGAUGAAGCUAGUCUGUCGAAUUACAGAAAGGCGAAUUCCUCCUUAAGAAAAGGAAUUUCACCCAAUUUUAUCAAUUCAGAAUCCCAUAACUGUCCACCUGAUGAUCAGAGAUCGGUCACCGGCUCUUGUACUGGUCAAAUCACUCUGCUUAGAACAUCUCCUGGUGGCGAUUACUCUAACUCUAGAAGAAGCUCUUUGGGAGACUUGAGAUCACUUUCAUCUUACCAUAGAUGUAAACCUUCUAUCGUAAAUACCGAGACAGAUGGAGCUAGCAAGAGUGGGAAGAGCUCUAAUGUAGUCGUUCCAUUGACAAAUUCGCACUCUUUAAAUCAAUUGCAGCCAAAGAGUAAAGGGAUGAACUUGUCAUGGUUGUUCCCUAAGUUAAAGAAGAAAAACAAGAAUGAAAAUUCACCAUACCAGGAUGUCGGAGUGGUAUCUGUUGAAACGUUGAAGAAAGAGCUCACGGAAGCAAAUGAGAGAAGAGAGGCAGCCCUGAUGGAAGUCGCGGAAAUGAAGUCUUCUUUAGGAGAGCUAAAGAAAAAAUUGGAGUACUUAGAAACUUAUUGUGAGGAGCUCAAGAAAGCCUUGAGACAAGCAAUACAAGCAAAAGAUUCCCAAGUAUCCAACAUGCUUAUAGAUCUUCCGAGAAGGGGGAAAUCAACGGAUGGGGAUGGAGAAAACGUGAUUCCUGUUAGUGAAGAGGUAAUGGUUGAAGGAUUCUUGCAGAUAGUAUCGGAAUCAAGAUUAUCAGUGAAGCAAUUCUGUAAGACUCUUAUUGCACAAGUUGAAGAGACAGAAAAUUCUUUAACUGAUAACUUAAACCUUCUUCUACAACCUUACAAGCUUUCCCUUAACUCGAAACACUCAAAGGCGGUCCUAUACCAUGUGGAAGCCAUCAUAAAUCAAUCACUCUUCCAAGAUUUCGAGAAUGUUGUGUUUCAAAAGAAUGGGGCUCCAAAACAAUUGGACCCUCAACAAGAUUGCCACGAUCAAUUCUCUUCGUUUGUCUCGUUGAGAAACCUAAGCUGGAAUGAAGUAUUAAGAAAGGGGACUAAGUACUAUAGUGAAGAUUUCAGCAAAUUUUGUGAUCAGAAAAUGUGUUGCAUCAUCACAUCACUUAACUGGAGAAGGCCAUGGCCAGAACAACUGCUGCAGGCAUUUUUUGUGGCUGCUAAGUGCAUUUGGUUGCUGCAUUUGCUCGCGUUUUCGUUCGAUCCUCCACUUGGGAUUCUCAGGGUUGAAGAGAAUACAAGUUUUGAUAAGAAUUACAUGGAGGACAUAUUUGGAGAUAGGCAAAAAUCACAAGGUAAGGUUAAGAUCAUGGUAGUGCCUGGUUUCUAUGUGCGUGAUAGAGUACAUAGGUGUAAGGUAAUUUGCAGGUACAAAUCUGCAGCCUAAUUACUAAUAUAGUUACGAUCUCUUUCUCAAUUAUUUUUUACCUAACAUUUAAUGUUGAUAGGCCUAUGCUAAUCAUUUGCUUCAACGGGUAGUUUGGUAGAUGACUUUGUGUAUUAUUAGUACCUUAUUUAGUA